UUUUGAAAUGGAAGGAACUUUCAGAGUAUUCGGUCUGCAUAAUUGGAGACAAAUUUACUUAUCUUUCCUGAUGGAGUCUCCAAGCUUGCAAUUUCGAUUCGAAAAAAGGCAGAAUGUAGAGACUUAAAAAUAAGCAUCAACACUCUUGAGGAGAAAUAGAGAAGUCAAUAAUAUGUGUAGAGAGAAGCUUUAAUUAAUAAUAUGAAUAAGGCAUAAAUUAUUCGAAUCUAUUGAAAAAUUUGCCAAAGGUAGUCUCCCAAGAACCAAUGGAGGAAAUAAUUAUGGAAAUGAAACUUAAAUUGUCUAAAAUUUCCAACAAGUCCUCUCAGAAUUCUCUCGAUUAUUAAAGAACAUUAUGAAACUUGUCAUAAAUCCCUCAUAUUCUCUAUUUCCCAUGAAUACUAAAUUUGCUGUCUUGGGUAUACUCAGCAGUUAGACUUUUUAAACAAAUAAAAAAGUUGCAACUACAAAUUACCAGAUUAAAAACUCUAUGCAAUGACAGUGCUCUUUGAGGUUUUAGUAAUAAUUGUAAGUAUAACUCCAUGAAGUUUUAAUUUAAUUUUUUCAUGCUACUAAAUAUCUGAUCCUCUUCUGUAUCACUAAUAUUCCAAGAUUGAGCGUUGUCUUGGAGGAGGGUCCAAGAUUACCUUCAGAGCUUGGAAUUUGCUAAACUUGAACAAAUUAUGAUAAGCCAACUCAGUAUAUUUCAUAAUUCAGAUAAUAAUUUCAUAAUGCCCAUCAGUUGAGAGUUAUCAAUUUGAAGUGAAGAUGGCCACUUCUACGACUCUGCUAUCUGGCUGAAAGUAAAGAGUUAGUAGCAUAUCAAGACACCUACCUUGAUGGGAUUCAUAAGAUUCAUGGCUGCUCAAUCAUCAAAUCCGGAAAUUUUGGAAACAUUCCUAAAACACUCCUAAAUAUCCAAGACCAAAUAGAGGACCAAAAGUACGAAGAAUUCUCAAAGAAUUAAUCCUUCAUUGAAGCUGAGCUACAAAGAGUUAAACAGAACUGAGGGCUUUAAAUAGUUGAUUAUAUUAAUAAAGCAGAAUUUACCACUAAAUGAAGUAAGAUCAAGUUAUGAGAGGAUCGAUCAUAAAAUAUUGUUGUAUGCUUAAUUUGACCUGAAAUUUCAUUUUUUUUUCUAAAUAAGUUUAACUUGAGACUUUUAAUUUUGAGCCAAAAUUUCUAAACUUAAUCAUCAGAAGCUUCCAAUGGUAUGGCUUCCUGAACUAUUCUUUGUUAUUCUCUCGAUGGAUAAACUCAAAACUAGCUUCUAUUUAUUUAGAAAAUAUUCAUGCCAAAACGAGUGUUGGAGUAAGUUUCAGAUAGAAAUUAUUUUUAGUGUUUCUUUGCACAAAUUGGAGAUCAUUAUUUUCAUGAAUCAAAAAGCUUUCGAAAGAUAACCUUUGAAUUUAUGUUUACCAGAUAUCAUAGCAUUGCUAGUAAAUUUGUCUUAUUAAGCUUUAAAGAAUCAAUGUUGCCAAUUUUUGAUAUCAAACACGAAGCAAGAUCAAAUACAAUUAGGGUAAUCUUCCUAAUUCUGUAGAUAUAACUCCUAUCUUCACCUGAGCUUCAUAAUGACGCUUUGAGAAACAGCAAUUUGAGCAUUCAGCAUUAAUUUCUGAAAAUGUAACUUAAAGCAUCAUAAACACUCAUUUUGUUAACCAGAAUUUAUAGAGCCAGAGGUUGCAUGAAUGUCAUGACUUUGACUCGAGACAAUCGACACAUAAACUAAGCAUCGAGUAAUCAUUCCUUCAAAAGGGAGCCCUGGCAGCUUUAUGAUUAAGACAUCAUAUAAAAAGAGAUUCGGCUGUAAAUUAUCUAGCAUUUGGACUAUAAGAUUAGAGAGAAGUAGGUUAAAAAAUUGAAUGCUGUCUGGAGAUACACAAACAUCAUCAUUGGACUUCUCUCUUUAGAACCGAGGCUGUUGAAGAGGUACUAAUAACUCCAGCUCCAUUUU